GUCAACCCGGAAAAAUGUCAAAAAAUGUCAAAAUAAGAAAAGCGUUCCCCGUCAGUGUCCACAAAAUUGCAGUUUUCCCCCCGAAAUAGGCGUAAAGUUGUGUAAAUUGUGCGUAAAAUCGUGUCUUGGUGAUCUGUAGCAGUGUUUGGUGGAAAAAUUGUGUUGGCUGUGUGUGAUUUUGACGAGAAAAAUGACCAUCAAUUGUUCCGGCACAUUACAACAACAAAAACAAUAGUGUGGGGCACUUUUUUUUUGUACACUCGCGAACCCGAAUGAUUUAUGAAUGAAAUAAUAUAGGACAUUGCUGAAAAUCAAUCGUCGGUAGCUUGUAGAUUUGCAAAAGUACGAAGGAAUGUCCACGAAAGGUGAUGAAGAGACAGAGAAAGACGCCGAAAAACAUGACAGCGACAUUGGCGAGGAGGACGAGACAAAUGAGACACACUCAAUUGUGCCAUUUAGUAACAGCAAUGGUGCCGUUUUGGGACGCACAGUCACACUUCAGAUGCUCCUGGCUGCCAAGAUGCUGCAGCCCGGAAAAUCCACAAUGACCAUUGAGUACCUGGGUCAAAAAUUUGUGGGAGACUUGCUUCCGGAUGGCAAGAUAAAGUCACAGGAAACGGAGACGGUAUUCUGUUCUCCGAGUGCCUGGGCCAUCCACUGCAAGAGGAUUAUAAAUCCAGAUAAGAAAUCAGGGUGCGGGUGGGCGUCUGUGAAGUAUAAAGGGAAGAAACUGGACGCCUACAAGGCGGCCUGGGUGAGGAAAUGUCAAUUAAAGAGAGGCACUUCGCCCUGUCCAGCAGAACCCGAUCCAGAGCCAGAGAAGAAGGAGGAAGCGCCAGAACCGAUAAAAAGAAUCCCAGUUACAUUCAAUACAAUAAGUGAUCGAAAUAUUGCACACGAUGGCAAUACUCUGGUGGAAGUAUCCUCAUUCUCCACGCUCGGACGCCCACAGCCCUUUUUGGUGUCCGUGGCGACGUCCGCAGUGCUCCUGCUGGACUUCCACUGUCACCUGACUGGGCGUGAAGUUUGUGGGUACUUGGGCGGUUCCUGGGAUGCUCAGGCUCAGCGUCUCUCUAUCACGCACACCUUUCCAUGUCGAAAUUCACGGCAUGAUCGGGAAAAGGCUGGGGAUGUUGAGGUGGGAAUCCAGAAGGCGAUGCUGGAGAAGAAAGUAAGCCUGGUUGGAUGGUAUCAUUCGCAUCCAAAGUGUGGACCUCAUCCAACUCUGAGAGACUGUGACGCCCAAAUGGACUAUGAGAUUCGCAUGAGGGGCCCCACGGAUGCUUCCUACGCUCCCAUAAUUGGCAUUAUAUGCGCUCCCUACAACGAAGACAAUCCCACAAUGGAAUCCUCCAUUGUGAUGUAUUGGGUGAUUCCGCCGCCGGAGAAUAAACCGACGGAAUACGGAAGGCCCAUGCAGAUGUCAUACUCAGUGGUGCAGGAUGAGGAGCUGGGCGAAGAGGUGAAGGGUGAGAUGGUGCAGUGUAUUGAGUAUUAUAAGCAGUUUGACAAUGAAUUGAUACGAUUUGGGGAGGUUUAUCGGGAUGAUGUGACGUAUAUUGAGAAGAUGAAGGUGACGCUGUAUCCGAAAUUUGCACGAAAGCAGGACAAUCGUGAAUUCUGGAAUUGGGUAAGGAGGCAGGUUGGACUGGAGGAUGAGGAGGAAUUUACGGUGCCGAAGACGGUGAUUGAUCAAAUGCUGGAAAAGCAUCAGGAAAUGCUGAGGAAUGAGCAAUUACGGAGGGAGGCUGAGGCCAAGGCAAAGGAUGACAGUGGAAUUGAUAAGAAUUCUCUUCAUGAAGAUGCAGAUGGGGAGAGAGAUGAUGGUGGGCAGCAGCAGCAGAUGGGUCAAAAUGCCACAGAUAAGACUGAAUUGGAUGCCAAGGGGGGGGAGUCAAAGGCUGAGGAUAAGCAGACACCGCUUCUGUCACAAAUUUCGAGUUUGCAGGAACAAUUGGCACUACCGAGUGGCCUAAAUAUGAAUCCAUCGGCUCUGGCCACGACACUGGUGAUUCCCCAUGUUGUGUCCAAUAGCAACAUGUCCAGUAAUGCCAGUUCGGCCACAAAUACCAAUUCAUCACCACGCGAUAGUCCCAUUACGAUCCCAUCGAGUUCAGCCAGUCCGGCUAAAUUUGAGAUUCCCAUCAGGGCAAGUCCGUCUCCGGCCAAGUCUGAUGCUUCAUCCUCACGCACGAGAAAUUCACCGGCACAGAGUCCGGCUAAGUUCAAUGUCAAUGAUGUUUUGAGAAAUAGUCCAUGUCGGACGCCAAAUAAUCAGCAGGUGCCUCCAGUGCCAGCUGCAUCAGCGUCAUCCACGAGGCACGAUAAUCCGCCACAGGGAACAAGUUCCCUCAAAUACGAUGGUGGAAGUCCUGCAGCAGCAGCAGCAAAUAUGAAUGAAUUAUUUGCUGCGAGUUUGGCACAGUUGGCCAAGACACUGCCUCCGGGAUUGUUGACCAAUGACUAUGCGGCUCUCUUCCAGAAUACUCCGGCCAAAAUGGCCAAUGAUUACUACUCAAUGGCAGCUGCAGCUGCUGCAGCGGCUACACUGGGCAAUGGGAAGGGCAGUGGUAGCUCGAGGAGCAAUAGCAAUCUCAAGGAUUUGAUGCAGCAAUUCAAUAAGAAUGAUCUCAGCUACAUGAUGCAAUCGCAGUACAAUCCCAUGCUGGGCAUGACACCACCGAGACAGGAUACAAAAGCAGCCUCAGCUGCUUCAACGACAUCCUCCAGGAGCAAUAGUAAAUCCUCCAGGUCGAGUUCAUCGUCGGCCAGAACGAGCAAGUAUAUGGACUCACAGGUAAGGUCUCUGCAGGCAUCCAGCAAGAGUCAACAGCAACAGCAGCAACGUCUGGCGGCUGGGUAUGAGACACUACGAGCUGCAGAAGCCAAUCGUCAAUUGGCGGACUUUAUGAAGUCCACUGAAUAUGCAUCGCUAUUGCUGCAGCAAUCCGGAGCGCUGGGCUUCAAUCCGGCCCCAACACCAGCAGCUAGUAGUGGUGCAGGGAAGAAAUCACGUUCGAAGUCUCAUGCCCAAUCCACAGCUGCUCAAAUGCCAUCAAUGGCAGAUCUCAGUACACUGCUGCAGGCCACUAGUAAAAUUCCCGAUUUGAGUAGUUUCUUUGGUGGUGCUGCAGCUGCGACGGGAAAACAGCCGGACUUUUCGCAAUUCCUGCAGCAGACAGUUAUGCCACCGGUGACAUCCAUGGCCAGUAGUUCGGCGGCAAGUCGAAAAGCUGCGGCGGAUUUGAGUAGUUUCUAUGGGAGCAAAUUGCCGGAUCUCACAACGAUAACGCCAGUGUCAAUGCCUACUACGAGUACGGCAAAUAGUCUCACGAAUAUUCCGCAUUUGCCGUCAAUGGCGGACUUUUCGGCACUUUUUGCGCCAGUUUUGGGCGGCGGAGGAAGCGGAGGAGGCGGAGGAGGCAGUGGGAGUGGGAAGAAGAGUUCAAAUAAUUCUCUGCCGACAAAUGAUAUGCUGGGAACUCUGUUGCAAGCAGGAAAGAUGAAUGAUAUCAAUUCAUUGUUGUUUCCGAGCAAUGGAAGUGGAGGAAAAAUGCAGAAUUUACCCAAUUUAUCCAGUUACUUUUCCACACCAAUGGGUGCUGGAAAGUCCGAUGCCAUGAGUCUGUAUCCUAAUAUCUCAGCCACGGCAACAACAUCGACAGCCUCGAGUUCAUCGAGGCGACAGAAGCAGCAGCAGCAGCAGGAACAGAGGCAGCAACAGGAACAGCGACAGCAGGAACAAGAUUUGGCAGCACUGUAUCAACAUAUGAAAUAUCCAGGAUUGCCGGAUCCAUUGUCCAAGAGUACAUUGGCGGCCAAUAAUAUGUACAUGAGUCCAUCGGCGGCACUGCUGAAGAUGCAACAGGAAGCUCUGAGUGCCAUGAUGAUGAAACCACCGAAGAGUACAUCGGCAUCAUCGAGUACAUCAUCGUCGGCGGCUACAUCGAGAACACCGGAUAUCCUGAGUAUUCCACCAUCAAUGUCACCCAUUCCUGAGCGUCUUCUAACACCGUCCAAGUCUUCGGCAUCAUCAUCAUCAAGUCGCGGCAACAGUCCACUGAUGCCGCCCAAUCCCACCAAGUACAAUUUUAGUGCCGUGGAUUUGGCCAUAUCGGCUGUGCCGUCACCAUCGUCACAGCAACAAUCCCUGAGAACACCACCAUCAUCGUCGCCACUUGUGGCUACAGAUCUGUCAGCCAAGAAACUCUACAGUCCCGCCAAUUCCUACGCUGCUGGAGCUGGAGCUGCAUCUAGUGCUCCGGCUAAGAAACGCAUGGAGUUCUCUUCAAUUGCUGACCUCGUAGCGCCACCGCCGACAAAGAUGCAGAAGCUAGAUGAUGCUGGAUUGGCGGAAGCAGAUGACUCGGGCAUUCUCAAUUUGUCCAGCAACUGUAAGUGAAUCUGAAUUAUUGAAUUGCAAAAAAAAAAAGUAACACUCUGUAGAACAUUUUCUCAGACACUUUUGCUAUACAAAGACUUUUCAAUAAUUCCUUCUUUUAUUUUUUUUAUUUUUUAAAUAUUAUUCAUUAAAAAAAAACACAAUUUAUAACUAAAAAUAAUAAUAGUUGUGGAGGAAAAUUUUUAAAGCGCUUGAAACUUAUCGAUUUAUAACCGAUUAGACUUACCCGAGCGAAGGCGCAGUUUCAAAUAAACAACCGUUGAAAACUUAAAUUACCGGUUCAUUAUCGAUUUAUUACCGGUUUAAACUUAAACCAAUUAAGACUAAAGAGAUCUUUAGACUAGGUUUAGCCUAGAUCCCGAAGAUCUCAAAAUCCUAAAUAAACCAAUUAAAUUGAUAAUUCGUAGUCUAAUUUGCCUUUAAAAUUCCAAUAUUAAGUCAAAGUUUUCCAGAAAAUCUUGCCCAAUAAGAAGCUAUUUAGAAAAGUUAAGCCAUAUGGCUACCUUCGGUCUGAAGCCCGUAUAAUUGACAAUUUGUCAAAACCUUACAAAACAAUACAAACUGGAAUAAAAUCGGUGAAGAAAUAAUCAAUAUAGAAACAUUUGACCUUGAAUGAUUUUUAGAAGAAAUAUAUAGAGGUCUUUUAUUAUAUCGUGUGAAGAAAACCUCGGCCCGAACAACCUGAAAAGCAAAUUCGAAAAGUUUACCUUCUUUUGCCUGAACGUCGUCUGACUCUCUAAACUCCCUAUCAAUCUUGCAAUGUAGAGUUAAAAACCCUCUAACGUUCCUACAUAAAGGGGUGGCAAAGCGUCCCAAGCUUUGCGAAAGCUCGAACUUUCGCAUAAUUUACCAUUUACCGGUUCUCUACCGAUUUGAAUCGUUUCAUAAAUCAUUCAAAACAUCCUCCUAAAUUGUUUCAAAAGUAAUAGAAUUGAUUUUCAUUUAACAAUUAGUUAUCGGCUAUGAACCGAUUCACUACCAGUUCAUAACUGUUUGAAACCGGUUCAGUUUUAUAGGAAAUUCCAAGACCUUUUAACUGAGCCCAAAUAUGACCCCAUUCGUUUGAUAAAUACGCUUUAUAGAGCCUUUUUAACCUCUGACCUUGAAAAACUGUUAAUAGGAAUGACUCAAUGGUAUUUUCGGACAUGGUUGAAUGUCCGCCUGGGUAAUCUAUAAAACAUAUUCAAAAAUGGAAAAUCGUAAGAAGCGUUUUCGAGCAAUACAAAAAAAAACAUGAUUUUGGAGGGGAAGGUAGGCCCUUGAGUUAACAUACAGGGGUCCAUCGAAGGUGCCAAUUCUCUUAUAUCUAACGGUUUGGUCUCUAGAGCAGUGACGAAAAUAAAAACUCGAAACUCCAGAUUUUCGAGAUUUUCAAAAUUGAGCAAUAAAAUAACCUUAUUUAUCAUUAGUCUUUUGAGAUAAAUAAAAAAAGCCUUUUUUAAACCGAUUCACAACCUGUUUUUCAGAAAAGUUAUAAAAGCAAAAAUUUCGUAAUAAAAAAUUAUUAGUUUAUUAUAUAAAGAUAUCUCUUUCCAAACCGGAGGUAUUGCAUAGUACGCAGCUGGCCGUAACUCUGUGUAACGGCUGUUCGUUUUCGGACUCAAGAACGUUUCUAAACUAAACAUUAUCCUCCAUAUAAUUUCAUCCCUUUCAGGAUUUUGAACAUUCGGGAUUUUGGCUUUCGAUAUUUAGGCUGCCUCCGAAUAAAUCAUACCUGACAGUUAUUCACAAUCGAUUAGUAAAUAAAGUUAUUAUAUAAAUCGAUCUAAGUUCCAUAUCCUAUAUAACUGGAAUUUGGGAAAACCGGAAGAAAAUGCGAUCUAACGUUGGAAGGGUAUAAAAUUCGCCUACAACGUACUUUUUUUUUCAAAUUAAAAAUGAGGAUUUCAAAAUAUUCGAAAGGAGAAGUUUCUAAAAUGAAUUUUAGAUCGUUAGAAUUUUUAACGAUGAACGUAUUUAAUUCUUAUAUACUGAACAGGUAAAUCAUUUAACAAGAACUUUUAUAUGCGUAAUCUAAAAUCAAUUUUUGACCAUUUAAAAAGGGAGUUAUGGGUACUUCAAUAUUUAUUUUAAAACAUUCAAUAUUUCAAGUCUGAGGAUCGGAUAGGGUUAAAGUUUUUUUUAUUGAAAAAAUAUAAGGCUAGACUACAAUUUUGUCCCUCUGUCAAAAAAAUGUCGCACGUUUGGGUGAAGUUUUAGGAUUAUAAAAUGAUUUCUUGGAAUUAUUUUGUUAUUAUUAAAAAUCUUAAAUAUGUUCAGUCAUUAGGCAUUUCUUUUGCAAUGAUUUUAUCCGAUAAAACAAAUUUUCUCGGAAUAAAAAUUCGUUUCAAAUGUACAACUUUUUUGGAACAGUAGGGAGAAUUAAAUAUUGAACUAUCCGAAUAGAGAAUUCCAAAAGUCGUCCGCAAAUAUCAUUCGCUCUAACUCUUAACGGAGUUAUCACACUAGAAAAUUUCACAUUAAAGUUAAAGUGAAAAGUUGCUCAUUAAAACUACUAGAACCACUCGAAAUCACUGAUUUAGUCAGGACACAUUGCUAGAAUUGCUCAAUGUCACGAUGGCACACGGGUUGUCAGAUGAGUGUUUUUGUUUUUGAAGCAUUUCAGUCGUUUGAGCGAAAAUGUGCGAUUUUAGUUAAAAAGAGGAAGUUUUCCUCCUGUACACUACUUUUAUGUCGUGCAAAAGGACCCGCUAAGCGAGAAGAAAAUUAUUAGCACUACUUAUCACAAUUUAAUUACGAAUAAAUUGGUGAGAAAAUUGUGGCACGGAAACUACCCGAAUGACUGCAAUAAAGUAGUAUCUGAUGAAAAUUUAUUGAGCAAAUUUUGCUCAUAAAUUUGCUCAAUUCUCAUUUAUUUGCUCAUUAAUUAUCAAUCGUAUUUAUGUUAUUUUAAUCUAUUUAAACCAAUUUUUGUGACUCGAGUCCACUUUUUUAUCACUAAAUGAAUCGAUUUCUAAAAGCUCUUGACGAAAAUUACACAUUAGGACACAUAUGAGCAACAAUUAAUGUGAAUCACAUUAGAAUUUUAAUGUGAAAUUCUCUAGUGUGAUACCACGGUUAGUGAUAUUCUUCUGAAGGUUUGAACUCACUUUAACUCUUCGUUUCAUUGCUAUCCCCCCAAAUUUGUGUGACAUGUCAGGAAAAAAGUAGGAAAUUUUUUUGUGCAAAAAAUCUAAUUUCCAAAUUUAAAAAAAAACGAUUUAAAGUAUAAUCUAACUGAAAAAAUGAAAAACAAUAAUAAUUGUAUUCCAAAAUGGGUUAAAGUAAUGGAGUUGGCACAUUUUGUCGUCGACCAGAUAUUUAACUUUAGCCGAAAAUGCCGAAAACCAUAAGUCGAUAUCUCGUACCGUGCUCUCUCUGUAGAGGCAGUUGUAGAAUGAACGGAGCUUCACGAUUUUUUCCGGGUAUUAUAUUCGUAGUAAGAGUAGAAACGUACUCUAUAAAAAUUUGGAUCUAAUCUGACAAGGUUGGAUUAUACCUCGGACCACUGAAGCUGAGACUGUAAUGAAUCUCAGCCAAAAUUUGUUUUUUAAUUUAAUCCAAACUGGUUGAGAAAUUUUCCCUCAUCCGAAUUUUCUUAAAAAACGAAAUCCGAAAGCGAUAUCUUUUACAAGAAGGACAAAAAUAAGGUAAGAUGGGGUAAUUUGGAAUCAUGUCUAAUUCGAAACUUUGAGAUUUCCUAACAGUUUUAGGUGGCAAAAGGAAAAAACAACGAAAAAGUACUCGCGAAUGCUAAGUUUUGUAUUUCUUCGUUCUGUUUUCUUUUUCUUUUUAACCCAUUCAGUCAAUGUACCAGAAAUACUUGAGUUAGAAUGUUCAUAUUUUGGGAUUAGCUUCCUAUAAAUUAAUAGAUGAAUUUUUUGAAAAGAAAAAAAAUUAUCCAUUAUGGGGGCGCGGGGAGCCUCUGUCAAACACACGUCUUAACGGUCACUGAAUUUAAAUUCUGUGCAUUAAUUCAUUACAAACUCUAUUGGUUUAGAUAGAGUAACUAUCCAAGAAAACACAUUGGCAAUUAGAAUUCAAAUCAGGAAAGAGGAAAGAGGCCAAUUUUAACAAAUUCGACGGGGUGUCGUAUUUUCCGUUCGCCAUUUUGAGCAAAAAUUUUGCAUGGCCUUCCGUCAAGCAAGAAAGCAAUAACAAAAUGUAUUUUCAUCUCUGUCGGACUAUUCUUCUCAAGUAAUUGAAUAACUAACGUUACUAAAAAUCCAUUCCCGACAGCAAUUCGGAUAAAAAUUGCCCAGGAAUAAAUCAUAUAAAAUCACUCAAUUUGCGUAUGAUGUAUAAUACCAUGGUAAGGAACGGGUUAACCAUCUGAAACAGUGAGGAAAUUUCUAAAUUCCUAAAUAGAGAUGAUUGAGAAUUAUCUCAUCUUACCCUAUUUUGAAGUCUAGCUUUUGGAGCGCUUUUUCUUAUCUAAGUCAAAAUAGAGUAUUUCCUUCAAAAGACUGCCAGCAAUCUUCCUAAAAAAAAUAGUAAAUGCAAGUCUAAACAUUCACAUUGCCAUUGCAAAGUGUCACGAGGAAUGUUCUGUGGAGUGUACAGAGAGAAAUUAUAAAUUAAAUGCAUGAAUAUCA